AUGUUCGCAACGGGUUCGACUGCCGGAGUUGCCCAGCAGCCUGCACGGCCAUUCCAAUCACUGCCUCGUCCUCGGCCUCGAGCGCGACCUGUGGUCGAGGGACCAGAAGACUUUGAACAAUUUCGAUCGGACUUGUGUGGCCGCGUCGAGCUGGAGUCAACCGCGGCCCAGGCACAGAAGCAACCUCGUGCUCAACCCAAAUCAUUCACCAUCGAUCUGACUCAGGCUCGAUUGGCAAAAGAGCAGCUCCAUGCGGGUCCCAAAGCCAAAGCCUUCAAGGCGUUCUCCGGCAAACCGGUUGAGAAUGGUAUAGAGAAGAUUCAGGCAUAUCAGGGAGUGCCCAAGCGAAAACCUCCCGGCGAAACCGCAGCUCCGGCUACGACCAAGAACUACAAUUACCCCCUUGUGGACUUUCACCAGGGACUUUUCGUCAAUGCUAAUCUUUCCCAGGCGAGCAUCUCCUCACGUUACCAAGACCCUCGCAUCCCCGCCAUGGAGUUCGCAAGCCGGGGACUCGCUGAUGAAGUGAACGCCGAGCUCGCCCGAUUGCGCGUCCCCGAUGAGAAAGAGGUUAUUCGACCAAAGAUUGGUGUUCCAGACGAGAAGGAGGUUGUCCGACCCAAGUCUCGUGCGUGGAUGUCACCGGGAUCUCCCCUCAACCAGAAUGCUUACGAACUGGAGGCAUCCGCUCCCGGUUUCCCCAUUCUGCAGGCCAAAGCUGUCAAUGUUCGUUCCCACACACCACGAAUCGUGAGAGUGACAAAGCGGCAAGAGUUCGAAACAGCUAGCCCUGUUUCUCCGCUGUCGAGCGAUGCUGGCAAGAUCAACUUCAGAGAGUACAAUUGGCCUCGGUUCGUCGACAAGGAAUUCGUCGAUCCUGCCGAGGAGCAUUCGCGUCGGUACCGAUAUCGACGCCGGGAGGUUCUGAAAGAGAGGGACCGCUCUCCAGACUGA